AUAGGUAGUCAUUGUAGCGUGAGUUAUUAUAGAACAUCAGGUGAUAUUAGUGCAGAACUGGUACAUAAAUAUAAAGGAUUACAGGGUCAUAACACGGGUGUGCUUACUGCUGUUAAACCUGGUUAUAAGCUUGGACCACUGUUAUUCUACCUUGAAUAUGCAGAUAUUUUCUGGCCACCACCAUCUUGGCUUAAUCAGAAAUCAUACAGGAAGGUUCUCAAAAAAAGAAAAAAAGGAAGUUGCUGAGUCAUGAUUAUUUUAUUUACAUACAAGGAAGAGGCAGAAGGAUCAAUUCAUGAAGAGACAUAUCGAUGCAGAUCAAAAGUUUGGCCGGAAGCGGAGAUAGUAGACAAAGAAGAAAAAGGACGUAUUUUCCAAAAUUACCAGCUGGAUAUAAAUUUAUUGCCAAAAUAAUAACGGAUGCGCAGAAUCCGCGCUCGGUUGACAACUGUUAUAGUGGAUCCCAAGCGGUUCACGUUUUCACUCCGCCUGCCCCAAAAUAUAUAGCAGCAAUACUAGGGCUUUAAUUUAUCAUCCAAGUUCUGAUGGAGCAGCAAACUGUGGGCAGUGGAAGGUACGUUCCCUGGUCUGAUAUUCCAAAAGAACUCGCCGAGAGGAUCGGUAGUUGCCUGGACACUCAAAUUGACGUUCUUCACUUCCGUUCAGUCUGCACAACAUGGCGUUCCUCACUUGCUCCUUUCAAAACCGUUCCUCAUUUUCCUGUUGAAAUCCCCUUCCCUCUCGAUGACCGUAACAUUUAUAAAGGGAGGCCUGGUUACUAUCUCAUCGAAAGCACUGUUUACAUUUUACAACCACUUGACGGAGAUUCAAUUGAUUCGCCUUGUAAAGGAUGGUUGAUCCAGGUUAUAAAAACAGCAGAUGGAAAAUUGAAGGUUUUGAAUCCACUGACAGGCAGGGAAAUACAGAAUCAUAUGCCUAAGGUAUUGAAUUUACUGGACUUUCGCGUUUCUCAAGUUUGCAAAUCUUAUCAUGUGCAGUACUACAUUCCCUCGAAACCUUUGUUCCGUGAUUAUGAUGUAGGUUAUGUUAGGAAAGUUUUGCUUCUUAUGAACCACAAUUCAGGGAGUGAGAAGGAUAGUUUUUCUUUAAUGGCGAUUGAUCGUGAUAAUCGGUUAUGUUAUUUGAAGUCUGGGGAUGACAAGUGGACUAAGUUAAAAAAUCCUAGUUCUUAUAUUGAUGAUAUCAUUGUGUAUAAGGGGAAUUUUUAUGUUGUUGAUCGUUAUGGUGAGACCAUGAAAUUUGAUUCCUCGUUUAAUGAGACGACGGUGGCAUCCAGAUUUUCCGGUGGUGGUAAGAGGAAGAAACGACUGGUGGAAUCAGGAGGGCAGUUGUUUUUGGUUGAUUAUAGUUCAGAUUUCGGUAAGGAUGCCAGCCGUGAAAUUAAAAUUUACCGAUUGGAUGAAAAACAAUAUGAGUGGAUCGAAGUGCAUACUUUGGGUGAUCGAAUUUUCUUUGCUGUUAAUGACUGUUGCUUCUCUGUUUCGUCGUGUGAUUUUGGUGAUAAGUACGGUAGAGGAAACUGCAUUUACUAUGUAAAGGGGUCGAUGUAUUUUGACGAUGAAGACAGUGACGAUGAUUUUGGUAUGUGUGGUUGUUGUUGCCCUCUUGAUGAUGAUGAUGUGAUUAGCUACCCUAUUAGCAAUUAUGAUGACAAGACUAAUGAAUCUGGUAGCAAAUCAGGUGGUGGUGGUGUGAUCAGCACCAGUAUUAGCAAUGGUGAUCACAGGAUUAAUGCUUCUACUAGCAAAUCAGGUGGUGUUAGAGAGGAACAAGCGGUAGAUAGAUACAAAGGAGUAUUUGAUGAUAACACCUGUGUGUUUACCAUAGAAGAUGGUAAACUUGGAUCGCUGUUAUCAUUCCUUGAUUAUGCAGAAAUUUUAUGGCCACCGCCAUCUUGGCUUAAAGGUGAGGAUCAGCCUCAUCCACAUGUUCAUGAAAUUGCAGAGUCGUUAUUAUCUAUAAAUAAACAAGGAUGAGACAGCAAGCGAGAUCAAGUUAUGAGGAAGAGAUGCAGGAAUCCAUUUGCUCUCUGCUCUUUCUAAUUUGUCGUUUCACCUCUAAUUUGCUUUUGCUUCUUUUGUCUUAGUUAAUGGUUAAUGAACAGAACAUUUUAGAAACUUUGUUUGGUAUUGCUUUUGCUUCUUUUGUGUUGGUUAACGGCUAGAGUUUGCAUAUUUACAUAGCUAUAGAUUUAAUGACUAAAUUGAUUUGCGUUUGUAUA